AUGCCAGCCUCGGCGAUGCCACAAGAUCGAACUGAUCAGCGUCAUCCCGCGCAACCACACGAUUCCGGGUCAGAUUCAGAUUUGUCUGGCCGAUCUCAUUCGGAGUCGCUGCAAAGGGCUCUUUCCGGUGACGACAAUGUUCUGGUUCCAAUGCGCUACCCAGCCCUGAAAGAGGCAUUCCUCACGUCCCUCGAGGCCAAGAAGGAUGUCAUUGAGGCAACAGUUCGGUUUCAUCUACGGGCUCGCAAUUGCUACCUGAGUGCCCGCGAGGUCUGGAAAUCGGGCUCUUUCAACGUCGCCAUUCCCGUCCAUAUUUCGCGAGGUCGGACCGUCUUGAUGCGCAUUCCAUUCCCGCAUCGUAUUGGCGAAGACCAAUGCCCAGGAAACCUCGAAGAAAAGCUCCGGACUGAGAUUGCUACCUACAUAUGGCUGCGUCAAAAUUGCCCCGACAUCCCAAUCCCCGAACUGCUUGCGUUUGGGCUGCCUGACGGGUCGACGUUCUCACAUCCCCUCCACGCGCCUUUCUGGGAGAAAUCUUGGUGGACGUUGAAACGAUUUGGCUUUUUACUCAUUAGCGAGGCUCGCGGCAAAAAACUAGCCUGGUCGUGGCUGGACCACUUCGACGACAAGGCAUACCGAGAGAGGCUGUUCCGCGGCCUUUCGCGUAUAUUCCUCUCGCUCAACUCUGUUCCCUUGCCACGCAUUGGGUCAUACAGGCUCCAGCCCGACGCAUCUCUCGCCCUGUGCAACCGGCCGCUCAGUUUCUACUUUCACAUGCUGGAGAACGAGGGCAUUCCGACACGUGUUCCGCGCAACCGUACGUACGCCCAGGUCGAGUCUUACUUGUCUGAUCUUCUCUCAUUCCACGACAACAAAAUACGGCACCAGCCCAACGCAAUACAUGAUCAAGACGACGGCAUGGCGCAGCUCGCCGCGCUUACUACCCUGCGGGCCACAAUGCACCACUUUAUCCGCCAGGAAUGCCGUGAUGGACCCUUCUUCCUGCAGUUGACAGACUUACACCAGCAGAAUAUCUUUGUUGACCAAGACUGGAACAUCCAGACGAUUAUCGACCUUGAAUGGGCGCACACCCUGCCUUCAGAAAUGCACCUUCCCCCAUACUGGCUCUCAUCCAGGAAUGCAGUCGAUAGUUUUGAUGACGAGGCUGCCAUUGCCGAAUAUGAGGCUAUACUGGAAGAAUAUUGGGCGGCCUACCAGGACGAGGAGAGGAAGCGCAACGGAACCGUCAUCCAAGUGCCGCUUCAGCGUGACGUGUGGUCGAGAGGGAGCUUUUGGUAUUUCCACGCCAUCCGGGUGCCCAAGGGCAUGUAUACGCUGUUCAACAGGCACAUCCAGCCCCUGUUCAACAAGGAGCAUGCCGAAAAGAAAAUAUUCGACGAGGUGUUUUAUUGGUAUUGGGGAUUUGACGUGCAGGAUUUGAUAGACAAGAAGCUGAGAGACAAGCAAGAGUACGUGGCGAGCGUGAGGGAGGCGUUGAGGCAAGGUCGCGAAAAGAAGCAAUGA